AUGGCGCCCAAACCAGAGGAACAGGAAGCCAAGGAAGAAACCAAGGUGGAGGAGCCUGCUGAGAAGCCAGCAGAGGGAGAGGCUGCAGAAGAAGAAAAAAAGCCUGAAGAGGAAAAAGAGGAGGAGAAGCCCAAAGAGGAAGAACCAGAAGAGCCCAAGGAGAUAGAAGAAGAAGAUGCAAAGCCUUUGGCUGGACCCAAGGUGAAGGGCUGCUCCUUGAACUUCGAGGAUGCCACACUCAACGUCAUGCCAACGGCCGGUGGUCGCUUACUGAGGACGCUUUGUGAAGGAGGCAUGCAAUUUCUUCUUGCUGCCUGUCGAUCCAACACUGGCGUGAAGUCUGGCCGCUACAUGUUCGAAACCCGCAUCGUCGAAGAGCUUCCCACCACCGAGAAUCAUGGUGCCCGAGUUCCACAGCCCAAGCAGCUGCUUCGGGUGGGAUUCACCCUUGAGGGGUCUUCGCUCUUCUUGGCAGACGGCACAGACAAUGUUGCUUUUGACUCAGAGGGCUUCUUCACUGUUGGCAAGGUCCGUAGCAGGUCUGGAGCAAAGUUCUGGCGCAACCAGACAGUGGCUGUGCUUCUGAACUUGGAGGAUGGCCCCAACAAGAACACCGUGAGCUUGUUCGUGGAAGGGGUUCGAAAGUCGAAGCCCAUGCCGCUUCCUGAGAGUUUGUGUGGCAAAGUCUUGUAUCCAACCAUCACCUACCGGAACAUCUCCUUGGAAGUGAAUUUGGGACCAGCUUGCAGGAAGCCACUCCCCUUCACCUGCCACAUGGUGGCGGGUGCUGCUGCAAGUGAUGUGGUGGUGUCUGCUAGCAAGACCAAGGGGAAGAAGGAGUGCGUUUUUCCAAUUGGCCUUCCAGAUCAAGGCUAUUUUGAUUGGGUGGAUCAAUUCUUGGAGAAGAACCCAGGCUAUGUGGAAUUGAGCGACCGGAAGAUGAUUGAAUGGGCCUGGAAGAGCGGUCUUGGACGGCCUAGAAAAGGAGGCUCCAACGACAAGCCCGACCUGACAUUCAGCAAUCCAAUGCUCGAUGAUGGUAGCAUCAAGAAGGUGGUCUCCAAUGUGUCUCCCUGCUUGGAGAGGAACUACGUGAUCCCCGAGUUGAGAGCCAACUUGGUGCCUGCCGACCGUGCGACCUCUUUGCAAAAGUACAUCGCUCAGGAUUAUAAGCGCAAGGCCAUCGUGAUCAUGGGCGAGCCCACGAAGGAGUACAAGGAGAAGAUCCAAUCCAUGAUUCUUCAGGAAAAGACUGCAAAGGCUGAGGCUGAGAAGAAGCGCAAGGCACAAGAGGAAGAGCGGAAACGGCUCUUGGAGCUUCGGGCCAAGAAGGCUCAGGAGGCCAAAAAUGCCAAGAAGGCCAAGGAUGCUAAGGAUGAGGAAGAGACCAAGGAGGAGGAAGUCACGGAAGACGUCAAGAUGGACGAGCCCGUGGUGGUGGAGCUGACAGAAGAAGAGAAAGCCAUGAAGUACAGGAAGACUGACCUCCCGGACAUGGCCGAAUCGGACUUGUCCAAGAGCUACACCAGCUUUUCUCUGCCGAGCAAGGAGGAAGGCUUCGAGGAAGUUCUCUACGAGUGGCAGAAGGAGGCCGACUGCAGCAGCCUCCUGAAGUCUUGGAUCCUCCAGCUGAAGCUCACUCAGCGUGCUGAGGACCUGCAGCCUGGUGCUGCCUUCAAGGAAUCUUGGCAGAAGUGGCAGAAGACUCUGCAGGAGUGGCGCCGAGCUCAGCAAGACUACAAGGAUCCCACCAAGAGGAAGGCUGCAGCCGCCAAGAAAGCGGAAGCAGAAAAGAAGAAGCUGGAGGAAGAAAAGAAAAAACUCAUGGAAGCCGGAGAUGAAGAUGGAGUCAAGGCCUUGGAGGAGAGCGCCAAAGAGAAGGCAGCUCCCAUGGAGAUUGAUUUUGAGGACCUAGACGUCAUGGGUGUCUCCGACAUCCUGGAUCUGGGCAACGGCAUGCCACUCUUUGACAAGUUCGCCUACGAAGACUGGACCCUUCUCUCCACUCGUUAUGAGCUCCACCUUCUCCUUCAUUCCUUCAAGAAGGACUUGAACGACCCCGACAGGCCAAGUUUUGGAGAGAAGCACUUGGGAUUCUACUACACGAAGUACUUCAAGAAGGCCUGGAACUUUUCCCAGUUUGGCCUUGAGAAGUUCGAGGAUCUCAUGGAUGUGAUUCGGGACAGCGUGAGCAUCGACCAGCAAUUCCUUAAGGCUGAGAAACCAGAGGACACUCCUUUGGAAGAUUUCGUCAAGUUCACCGAGGAGCAUCGACGGGAACGCGAGAGACGUGUGGACGCCGGUGAUGAGACCGCCAAGCUGAAAUUCACUAGGCCCGUGGCGCGGCAGGCUGACAAAGGCGCCAAAGGUGGCUCGAAAGGAGCUCCGGCGCCUGCCACUGGCGGCCGGUCGAACUACGGCAGCUACGGCGGCGGCAACUACGGUGGUGGGGGCGGCUAUGGCGGAGGCGGCUACACCUCGCAAAAGCGGACCUAUCCUUCUCAGUCCUCCUACCCUCCUGCCAAGCAGCCGAAGACCUCCUACGGCUCCUAUGGCAACGGCGCUCGUGGAGGAGGUGGUGCAUACUACCGAAAGUGA